UUAUGAUUAGGCUUAAGUAAAUUGUAGUGUCACGCACGUGCUCGUUAAUAUUUUAUUUAAAUAAUUAUGAUGAAAGAUUCUAGCAAAAUUUUUUCAGGUUACAAAGCUCUAGGGUUUGUGAGUAAUCAUGUCCCUCUUGUUUUGAGAUAUAUUAAUAGAAGGAAAGAGAAUUUGGCAAUAACUGUGAUCGGGAAAAGCUUCAAUACGUAUUCAUGUGGAAAAUUAGCCCUUCUCAGUACCAGCAGUCCACAUCCCGAAGAAAUAAAAUGUAUAACAGCAGACGCUUAUCUUGUGUUCACUGGCUGCAAAAACAUAAUUUACUCAUGGCAGAGAGGUACUGAGUUGAAGCAUGUGUAUCAUGGACAUGAAAAGGAUGUACAUUUAUUGAUGCCUUUUGGACCACAUUUACUGUCUGUGGAUGAAGAUAGCGUGCUGAAGGUCUGGGAAAUUAAGUCUGAGACUUUGUUUUUAGAAUUGUAUUUUAAUAACAACACAUUCCAAAUCACUACAAUUUUGCAUCCAAAUACCUACUUAAACAAAAUUCUUCUUGGAAGUGAACAGGGAAGUAUGCAGUUGUGGAACAUACGAACCUGCAAAUUGAUUUAUACAUUUACUGGAUGGAACACUCCUAUUACUGCACUUGAACAGGCUCCAGCUAUUGAUGUGGUAGGAGUGGGACUUGGAAGUGGGGAUAUAAUCAUUCAUAAUCUUAAGUAUGAUGAAGUAGUCAUGAAGUUUAAUCAGGAAUGGGGUCCAGUGACAGCAUUAUCAUUUCGUACUGAUGGUCAGCCAAUUAUGGCAUCUGCUAGUUCAUUAGGUCAUAUUGCACUGUGGGACUUGGAACAACAGCAAUUGCAAAGUCAGCUUCGUGGAGCUCACCAAGAAGCAGUGACUGGCAUGAAAUAUUUCCCAGAUGAACCACUCCUGAUUACAUCAUCUUCGGAUAACAGCCUAAAGGUAUGGAUAUUUGAUUUACCAGAUGGAAGUGGUAGGGUACUUAGACACAGAGAGGGUCAUAGGGCACCUCCUACUAAAAUUCAGUUUUAUGGCUUAUUAGCUGAGAAUAUAUUAAGUGCUUCACAUGACAGCACUCUUAGAUCAUUUUCCACCAUUGGUGACAAUUUGAACAAAAGUCUUGGUCAAGCAUCUUUUGACAGAAAACUUGCAAAGAAGAAAGGUGUUCUGCAUGACCAGAGAAAAAUGCCUCCCAUUCUUGAUUUCAGUGCUGAAACAUUUCGUGAGAAAGAUUGGGAUAAUAUAGUUGCUUGUCACAGAAAUCUUGCCAUGGUGACAACUUGGUCUUAUGGUCGAUGCACAAUGGGUCAGCAUAAACUUUUACACAAACGAUUUAAAGGGCAAAAAGGUGUUGUAGCUCUGUGUGUAAAUAUGAGUUCUUGUGGAAACUUUGUCUUUAUAGGUUAUAACACAGGUCAUGUAGACAAAUUCAAUGUUCAGUCUGGAAUUCAUCGAGAAUCUUAUGGGAAAGUUAAAGCUCAUGAUGCAUCAGUAAGAGGGAUUUCAACAGAUGGGUUAAAUCAGAUUGUCAUCACUGGGGGAGGUGACAGAUUUCUAAAGUUUUGGAAAUUUAAAGGUGGAGAUCUACUUGAAGAGGUGUCAUUGGAGUUUGGAGUGUGUGAGUUGAAACUCCAUCGAGAAAGUGCGAUGUUAGCUGUUGCAUGUGAUGAUUUUACAGUAUUAGUUGUAGAUAUAGAAACUCGGCGCAUUGUCAGAACAUUCCAUGAACAUUUUAGUCGCAUAACAAGUUUAGCUUUCAGUUCUGAUGCUCGUUGGUUGAUUGUUGCUUCCAUGGAUUCAUCUAUAAAGACAUGGGAUUUGCCCUCAGGUACGCUAAUUGACUGUUUUCUUACUCCAACAGUGUGUACAAGUUUGACCCUGUCACAAACAGGGGAAUAUCUAGCUACAACUCUUGCAGAUAACCUGGGAAUAUACCUGUGGUCAAAUGUAACUCUGUACAGUCACAUCUCUUUGUGGCCAUUACCUGUAGAUUAUGAGCCACAGUUACUAGAUCUUCCUUCUGUAUUAAUUGAACAUAACAGAACUCAACAAUCAUCAACAUCUGAUGAUCUGCAUGAAGGGUUAGAAGAAGAUGAAUUUGUAGAAUUCAAGUCACCUGAACAAAUUUCGAAGGAUCUUGUAACGCUCUCUCUUUUGCCACAGUCUAGAUGGCAGAAUUUAUUGAAUUUGGAUAUCAUUAAGGAAAGAAAUAAACCAAAAGAUCCACCAAAAGCACCUAAAGCAGCACCAUUUUUUCUUCCAGUUAUUCAAGGCUUGGAGCCAAAGUUAACCAAUUUAUCUAAAGAUGAAACAAUUAAGUCUAAGACGUUUUCAUGGAAGGCACGGCCUCUUUCUCCAUUUGGUUUGAUUAUUCAGGAAUGUAUGAAAAAUGGCAAUUAUGUAUCAGUUUUUUUGGAGUUAAAGAGAAUGAGCCCAUCGGCCAUUGAUAUUGAGAUGAGAUCUUUGUCACCUGAAAAUGGAGGCUCAGUAGAAUUAAUGAUAGGCUUUCUUAGAGCACUGGAAGAGGAAAUGAAGUCAAAUAAAGAUUUUGAACUGAUCCAGUCAUAUUUUGGCUUGUUUCUGAAACUUCAUGGAAGUAUUGUAUCAUCUAACAGUGACAUGUGUAAAAUAUUAUGUGAAUUAUCUUGUGAACAAGAAAAAGCUUGGCAAAGACUGCAGUUGAAAUUAAACCAAACUCUCUGUUUAGCUACAUACAUAAAAAAUGCAGUUCUUUAAGUUCUGAAACUUUUUGUGGUCUUGAUACAUAUAUAAUGUUAUUGUGGUCUUGUUUGUUUUUUGUCAGAUACUAUGCAAAUUACAUUUACAUGAAAAGUGAGUGUUAAAUCAGUCUUUACAUGUAGAAAUAAAUUUUUGGAAUGUUC